GGGGUCUCGGCGUCCACGCCGGGCCUCAGUUUCCUGAGCCUCUGGCUCAAGACUCCGGGCAGUUUUCGCCCAAGACUUUGUGCGUACGUGGUGGACUUUUUUUUUUUUUUUUUUUUUUUUUUAGCCACUUGAUGCACUUUGUUUCGGACAGGCUUUGAGCUGGUUGCGCGCAGGGUCGGUGAGCCUCCCCUGAUCGUCACGCGUGCCUUGCUUUUGUCCCUCGCGGGAGUGACCGUGUGGAUCGGGUUCCUCCCAAGUUUUUGCGCGCAGGGCUCUGGUUGUUGGUGUGUAUGUUUGCCGGUUUUCUCUUUGUGCCGCUGCCCAGGGCCUCUGUGCCUCACAUCUGGGCGAUUGCAACAGCUUCCUAGCUGCUCUCUGCCUCCAGAGGUGCCCCCUCCCCCAUCCUUUAUGCUAGCGCCAAACUUACUAUAGGAAGUCAAAAACACAGCUGAGGGCUUGCUUGCGACUUGCCUUUCAGGAUGCUGGUUCGGCGCGGUCGGGGAACGUGGUGGAAGGCACACUUGCCUGGGGACAGAAACAUCACCUGUGUGCAGAGGUACUAGUGGUGAGACCAGGCUGUGUGCCUAGAAUUAAGAAGGAGAGAUGGAGGUCACAGUUGGCUGCGUGGUCAGGGAGGGCUUAGUGAGGGGCGGGAUUUGAGCCGGUGUUAAAGGAUGAGCAGGACUCAGCUAGGAAAAGACGACUCAGGCCAGGGGAGCCAGUGGAGCCAGUGACUGGACCAGGCUCCUGGCAGAGGAGGGUUCUGUCCAGGGGGAGAGGGAGGAAGGAUUGGUUGGAGCUAGUUCCUGGAAGAACUUGACCGCCAGGCCAAAGUUGGAAGUGUCCUGAAGGCAUUGGUGAGUGGCGGGCGAUGGGAAGUGGGUCAGCGCUGUUCAGAGCUGAGUGCUGGCUCUUUUGGGCUGGUUUGUUUGGGGCUGUGUGUGGAGGGGAUUUUGUGUGUUUUUGCUUGUUUGUUUGAAAGGCAGAGCUGCAGAGUGAGAAAGAGAGAGGGAGGUAGAGAAAGAGACCGCCCAUCCUCUGGUUCACUCCCCAAGUGGUCGGGCCUGGCAGCAGGAGCCAGGAACUCCAUCCAUGUCUCCCACGUGGGUGGCGGGGGCCCAACCACCUGGGCCAUCUUGCGCUGCCUUCCUAGGUGCAUUCAAGGGAGCUGGCUGGGUCGGAAGUGGAGCAGCUAGGACUCCACGGUGCCCAAGUGGGAUGGCAGCAGGCUGCAGCCUACAUCACCCCUGGUGGUGUCCUUGCGUGCCUUGUGCUUCCGGCCUGGCCGGAAGUCUUUCCAGGGUUUUCCUCAGUUUGGCCCCACCCUGCCUACCUGGACCUGGCUCUGCCUCUCCCGGGCUGCCCCCUGGGCUCCGCUCCUGUCGCCCCGCAGCUGGCACACUGGCCUCCUUUUCUCCUCCGAAAAUUCUCCGUUUCACUUCCUCCGGCCGGGCCGAAGCCGCACUUCCUCCAGGGGCAGUUCCCUGACCCCUGUGGCCGGGAGCCUGCCCUGGCUCUCGGGUAACUGAGCUGCUUCUCCUCCCAGCUGGGAUGGCAUGCUUGCGGGAGCACUGCGCCCAGUACUCUGUCAGAGCCCUGAUGGCAUCUGAUGCUGGAGCCGGACUCUGCUCGAUUCGUAGAUGCUUCCUGGUUUUCGCUGUUUUCAGAGGAGAAGCUGUUCUCCGCUUUCUCUCCCACUGAUGUUUACUGCUGCCGUUGAGGGCGGUGUUCUUAGCUUUCGCUUGCAGUGUGCAGAAAUCACAAAAGGAAUGGUAGAAGCAAUAAAAUGUUUACUCCUGAUCGUGGGAAAAGAAAGCGGUGUUAGUUCCUCGGCCAGAGGCGUUGGAACCAGCUGGGCCUGGUUUGCAGGGUUUCUCGCUAGCGGUGUGAACCUGAGCAGUCCUCCUGCGGUCCCUGAGCUGUGGGGGACCAUCGCUGCACAGACUUGCCGUGAGUUGUGGAGUGAAAACAGUUCGGGAAGGAGGCAGCAGGAUUUGCAGCAGCUAGGAACCGCUUGGAAUAUCCAUUCUCACGGUUGGGUGGAGGGCGAGGCUCCGGGGUGGAGGGUUUCCCAUGUCUGUGCUGCCUUUGCCUUCCAGUCACCACUUGUCAGGAGUCCCCAGCGCCGUCCUGUGUCUGUUCCCCUUAGUCUGCAGGUCACCUGGAAGUCCACACCAUGUUUUUCAAACUUCUUAAUUGUGUCCAUUUGAUGUUUUGUAGCUGACAGACUGCUGAAUUUAGCUUAGUGGAGGUCAUCCACGGAGCACAAUUAGAUUUCUCAUGGUUCUUUUCUGGUUGAUGUUGAUGGCAUGGAAAACCUCAUGGAGGAAUACAAUUCAAGAUCGCGCUCCGUGUCGGUAGACAUGGACAGCAGCAGUUUCAUCCAGUUUGACGUGCCCGAGUACAGCAGCUCCGUUCUGAGCCAGCUGAACGAACUGCGCCUCCAGGGGAAGCUGUGUGACAUCAUCGUCCACAUUCAGGGUCAGCCGUUCCGAGCCCACAAAGCAGUCCUUGCUGCCAGCUCCCCCUACUUCCGGGACCAUUCCGCGUUAAGUACCAUGAGUGGUUUGUCGAUAUCGGUGAUUAAAAAUCCCAAUGUGUUUGAACAGUUGCUCUCCUUUUGUUACACUGGAAGAAUGUCCUUGCAGCUGAAGGAUGUUGUCAGUUUCCUGACUGCCGCCAGCUUUCUCCAGAUGCAGUGUGUCAUCGACAAGUGCACGCAGAUCCUCGAGAGCAUCCACUCCAAGAUCAGCGUGGGCGACGUCGACUCCGUCACGGUCGGUGCCGAGGAGAAUCCCGAGAGUCGGAACGGAGUGAAAGACGCCAGCUUCUUCGCCAGCCCGGUGGAGAUCUCCCCGCCCUACUGCCCCCAGGCCCGGCAGCCCGCCGCCAGCACUGACCUGCGGGUGGAGACGACGCCUGGCAAGGCCUUGCGCAGCCGCAUGCAGGAGGAGGGCCACUCGGACCGCGGGAGCAGCGGGAGCGUGUCCGAGUACGAGAUUCAGAUCGAGGCGGACCCCGAGCAAGGGGACCUGCUGGUGAGGGAGACCCAGAUCGCCGAGGUGAAGGUGAAGAUGGAAAAGUCCGACCGGCCCAGCUGUUCCGACAGCUCCUCCCUGGGCGAUGACGGGUACCACACGGAGAUGGUUGACGGGGAGCAAGUGGUGGCCGUGAACGUGGGCUCCUACGGCUCCGUGCUCCAGCACGCCUAUUCCUAUUCCCAAGCGGCCUCCCAGGCAGCCAGUGCGUCUGAAGCUUUCGGAGGUUUGAGUAAUUCCAGCCCGUCCAGGUCCAUGCUGAGCUGUUUCCGGGGAGGGCGUGCCCGCCAGAAGCGAGCUUUGUCCGUCCACCUGCACAGUGACCUGCAGGGCAUGGCGCAGGGCUCUGACAGCGAGGCCAUGCUGAGCAACCCCGGCUACGAGAGCAGUCCCCGGGAGAGGAGCGCCCGAGGCCACUGGUACCCGUACAACGAGAGGCUGAUCUGCAUUUACUGUGGGAAGUCCUUCAACCAGAAAGGAAGCCUCGACAGGCACAUGCGCCUGCACAUGGGCAUCACCCCGUUCGUGUGCAAGUUCUGCGGGAAGAAGUACACGCGGAAGGACCAGCUGGAGUACCACAUCCGGGGCCACACUGACGACAAACCAUUCCGCUGUGAGAUCUGUGGGAAGUGCUUUCCAUUCCAAGGUACCCUCAACCAGCACCUGCGGAAAAACCACCCGGGUGUCGCCGAAGUCAGGAGUCGCCUGGAGUCCCCCGAGAGAACAGAUGUGUACAUGGAGCAGAAACUAGAACACGACGCGGCAGCCUCCGAGAUGGCCCUCGACUCCCGGAUGGCAAUUCACACGGUGUCUGAGGUUCCCGAGUGAGCCGGGAGGAAGGGCACCCAGGCACAGCACAUUAAUCAAUGCAUAUUUGUGAUUUGUUUUGUUGUCAUCUUUGCUUUUCCCAACCAUCUGGAAAUCUCUCGGUCUCUUGGCGGUUUUUCUGAAGUUUCUGGAUGGAACACUUCAUUGUGUUUAUCCUUUCCCCAGCUCUCCCUCCCCCAAGGAGCUCCAAGCAUGAAGGGCAACGUAUCCAGGGAAAACACAGGCUGACAGUAUUCCUCUUUGGCUGAACUCUUAAUCCCAACUCUGCCAGUGAUUGAGCUAUGCCAACUGGUUGAGCCUACAUCCCGUGCCAAGAGGCAGACUCUCUCUCCCGUGCGCUGGCACCAGGCAUUUCCACGGAGAGAGACUCGGAUGCCGUCAGCUGAUACAAAUGGGUAACCUUUUUCUAAUUUAAAAUUACUUUUGGGGGUAGUUAGACAAUUUAUAUAUAUAUAUAAUAAAAUGAUUAUUAUAUAUAGUAUAUAUACAUUCUCAAAUUUGGGUUUAUUCUGGAUGAGGUGAAUGUAAGAGGAAUAUAUAAUUUAAUACAGUGUGAACAGAGCUUUAACUCUGUCUCAUCCCUACCUAAAAUGCUAGGGUUUGGCCCCAUCACUUCCCUUACGAACGAAUGUCAGUAGGUUCUCAUAGCUCAUCCAUCCUUGUGUCCGAAAGCAAGCAAAGCAAAUCACAGUGUCCAUAGCUCUGCUUCAGAACAGACACACAAACCAAACCAAAUGCCAUAAAAUUCCUUCAACGCUAGUUGGAAACCAUUUGGAAUUCCUGUUAGUCGUCCGGCACGGAGGCUGGAUGACCUGUGGUGCUGACUUUUUACCUAGUGUAGUGUUCUAUUAGCCAACCCCAAAGCAGCAGUGGUUGUCAAGGUUUUUACUGGCCUACCAAUCUACCUUCAUUCCGUACUGUAGAAACAUACAUACCAGGUAACUAAGCCGAUCGCUCUCUACCACGAGUUAGUUCUCGCGCUAAAGGAAAGGGAGUCGUAGUUCUGUCUACAGAAUUCUCCGAGCAGUGUUGUGGUUUUUGUUUUUGUUCUUUUUUUUUUUUUUUUUUUCCCUUUCUCUUUUCAAACAGCCAGUUCAGGUGCACAGCAACUUUUUCUACACGCAGUUCCCGGGGAAACUGCAGAACUUGGAAUUUGUACUUUUUGUAAAGCUAUACUCUAUGGGAAUCGCAAGCAAUAUAUCUGUCCCAGCAUCAUGUGUGCUAAUGAGAGCCUCGGCGGCCCUGCCACUCUCAGUGUUUCCUGCUUCAAGAAACCAACAGUUAAAAAGCCCUCUUAGAUACUCAGUGUGUCACCGGAUCUGCGUGGUCACGUGGUGCUAUUUUUAUGUUAAGUAUCUUUUAGGUCAGUAUAGUUGUAGAAAAUGUGAAAUCUAAUGUUAAUAAUGAGUUAUACUUGUUUUCCUCUCUUGAAUUCAUAGUUUGCAAAGAGACCUCAAAAGCAAGAGCUGGCAAACACGUUACUGUAUAAAAACCUCCCGGGCCCCGUGUGAGGGGUCUUCAGGUCUGGUGCUUGAGGCAGUGGGUUCAGGUCUGUGAACAGGCCUUGCUUGGGUACCGUGUGCUCUGCCAGAGAGUGAUUGUGGAAGCGGCGCCGUGGCGAGUCUGCCGCAGGCCGCCCUGGAGGAUGUUGGCGCUCUGGCGUCCACCUGAGCCACCGGGCCCUGGGCCCACAGCCAGCCAGGAUCCACAGGCCGAGCACCCGGGCCCUGGCCCCACAGCCGGCCAGGACCCA